UCUCUCUUCCCUUACUCCUUUUAAUUUCCGCAACGCAUUUUAUUACCUAUCUUGCAUAUGUGUAUGUUGAAUAACCUUACAAGCACUUGGUAAUUAAUUGGUAUAAUUGAAUAUACAAUUAUUGGACUGAAUUAAUUUCCAGCCUUGGUGAUUGUCUGUGUUAAAUUUUAAAGUAGGGAUUGAUUGAUGUAGUAAAAUUAAAUAAUUUCAAAAUACCCAAUUCACCCCUCUUCUUGGGAUUACACUUGAAUUCACAUUUGGUAUCAGAGUAAGGUCUACAUAGACUUAAUCGUUAUUUUUGGUAAAACGAUCUCAUUACACACAUCGGUGUAACUUCAUUCGGUGAGGGACACUCGUCCACUAGACCGCCAAUUUUCUGUGGUGUAAAUUACACUUAUUGGAAACGUAGGAUGAGUAUAUAUCUGUUAAAUGUAGAUUGGAAAGUAUGGAAAAUAGUUUCUAAGGGAAACCAUGUUCCCAUGAAAGUAGUUGAUAAGGUAAAUGUUCCUAAAACUGAAGAUGAAUAUAUAGAGGAAGAUUGGAAAUUUGUGCAAAUAAAUGCUACUGCAAUGAACUAGCUAUUCUGUGCACUAGAUGUAAAUGAGUUUAAUAGGGUGAUGACUUGUAACACUGCUAAAGAGAUUUAAAAAAAGUUAGAAGUCGCAUAUGAAGGUACUAAGGAAGUAAAAGAUAGUAGGAUAGACAUGCUUAUUAGUGAAUAUGAGGUAUUUAAAAUGACUGCUGAUAAAUCUAUUUAACCCAUGUACACUAGAUUCACACACAUCACAAAUUCUUUAAAUGCUUUUGGUAAAUCUUACUUAUGAGUUGAUCAGGAAGAUACUUAGGGGACUACCGCCAGUUUGGGAAGCUAAGGCCACUGCAAUAGCAGAAGGAAGGAAUCUGAAGGAGAUGUCGGUUGAUGAAUUGAUCGGUUCGCUUAUUACUUAUGAACUAGCAAUAAAUGAAAGGAAGAAUGAGCAAAACAAAACUAAGAAAGUUAUAGCGCUUAAGGCAGCAUCCAACAGUUCCAGUGAGGGAAGUGAUUCAAAAUUGGAUGAUAACAUGAUGCUUAUCACUAAGAAAUUUGAAGAGUUCAUGAAAAAGAAUAAGAAAUACACCAGGAAAUUCAUGGGCUCAAAAAUAGAAAAGGGAGAGUCAAGCAAAAGGAAGCAAAAGGAUGAUAUUCCUAUGUGCUAUAACCGGAGAGAAGUUGAACAUAUCAAACUAGAUUGUCCCCAGCUGAAGAAAGUGUCUAAGAAGAAGAAGAAGAAGACACUAAAGGUUGGUUGGGAUACUUACGGUACCAAUAGUUCAGAAUUUGAAUCCAGUGAUGACGAGAUUGCAAAUCUAUGUUUGAUGGCUCACGAAGACCACGAGAUGUGCUUGAGAUUGUCCUCCUCGAACGACAAGUGGCAUAUGGGUAGCGGAUUCUCGCGACAUAUGAUAGGAUAAAGCUAAAUUCACAUCGAUCAUAUCCAAAGAUGGAGGAUUUGUUUCAUUUGGGGAUAAUUCGAAAAGUAAAAUCAUUGGAGUUGGUAAGAUAUUCGAUCAUGAAGACA